AUGUUAGUUCAGUUGUUUCUCGUAUUUCGACUUCGACCAUUACGGUCCGCAAUAAUAGUAUAAUACAUCGAUGAAAUACCAUUGCUUUUGAGUUUUAAUGAUAUUUAGUUGCAUUUAUUCUAUAUAUAAUUGUAAAUUAUAAUAAUUACUGGAGAAUGGCUAAAACAAAAACAAUCAGUAAAGGAUGUCCGAAAUGCGAACAACAGGUUCCUGUCGCUUGCAAAGCCUGUCCUUGUGGCCACUCCUUUUUCAAUGCUCGACGAAACUCUAUCAAAAGUCCACCCAGCCCUGAUGGUGGUGCUAUGAAAACCAGAAGAACUAAUCGAGUUAAAAGAGAAAAGCCAAAUUAUUAUGAUUCAUUAGAGUAUGAAAAACAGACUCGAAAAAGUGCUAAGUUGAGAAGAGCAGCUGAAACAGGUUCUGAUAGUGAUUGCCGUCAAUUAAACAAGAAAAAGAAAAGGAAAGGUAAAGGUAAAGGAAAAGGAGGUGGCAGUAGUGGAAAUGGCGAUGAUGAUGAUGAAAUGGAAGGUGUUAGUAGUUUACCACCUGAAAAACAACUAACAUGUUCACUGAUUUUACAAGAAUUAAAUAACAAAAUGAGUAGUGUAGCUUGGAAACCUGUGUGAAUAAGAUAUUUCAUAGUUAAUAAUUAUUAGAUUCUUUUCUACAAUUAUUACCAAUCAUAUUGGUAUUUGCAUCUACCUCCACAUAUGUGCAAAAUUUUCUGUGCAUAAGUUUUUGUAAUUAAUUUGUAAUCAUGUAUUUAUAAGACCAAUCGAAGAUUGCAACUUGUAUAUAUUAAAAAAAUAGAUAUAUGCAACAAUUAAUCGUGAUCGUAAAGUAAGUUAAAGUAGUUUUUUUUAAGUAUUUAUGUAAUUUUAACUUGUACGUACAUCACUUUUCAUGUUGCAACUUUGCAUGCUGAUCAAUAAAAAUAUAUAGAUUGUCA